AUACGUCAUCGACCGCAAACACUAUAAAACUGAAACACGGCAGUUGGACAAUUUCGUUCCAUCAGAAAAAGUGUCAAGUGUGUGAAUAACGGCGAAAAAUGUUACCCAUUAUCGUGGCGCUGGUGAUAGUUGCGACUUUUGCGCUGGAUUUUUUUUGGAACUGGGCACACAGAAAACAGUACAAGGCCUUUUACAGCACCCCAACCCCCAUGUUUUAUCUACCCAUCAUCGGGAAUCUGAUGUACUUUAACGGAAGUAUUCUGGAGGCGCUGAACAUGAUUUGCGAGCGCUACGGAAAGAGCACGCUGGUUUAUUUGCCUAGGAGGGUUUAUGUCACUUCGAAACCGGAGGAAAUUAAAGUCAUACUGAACAGUCCCUUCUCUUUGGACAAGUUAAACGAAUAUGGGCUUCUGAAGGAGCUACAGGGCGACAAAACUUUAUUUAGGUCCCAAGUUCACACAUGGAAAAAAAUACGAAAAAUCCUAUCGAAACUCUUCGUCCCAAUGAACAUCAACAACAGCACAAGCACAUUCUAUGAAUACACGACCCGCCUCCUCGACAAAUUCAGAACACCCGAUUACAAAAACAAAGUCGAAGCAAUUUUUGAAGAACUAUCCUUCGAUGUUUUUUGCAAAUCGAUGUUGGGAUUAGAGGUGAAAGGCGAUGACAAGCCGGAGUUUUUGUCCGCUCUAUCAGAAGUUCAAAAAAUAGCGGUUGACAGGUUUGGCAGCUUGUUACACGCCAACGACUAUACUUUUAAGUUUUUCCCGGCGGCGAAGCGUGCUAAGGAACUGCAACAGCUCUGCUAUUCGAAUGUUACUAAACUGACAAACGAGGCUUUGGCUUUAGAACCAGAAAAACAGGGAAACCUACCUCUGCUCGACAACUUAAAGCUCAUACCCAACGUUGAGGACAAUUACACUCAUAAGCACAUAGAGGACGAGGUUUUAUCCUUUAUUUUUGCGGUAACUGCCACGACAUCCUUUACAACAGCUUAUACGUUGUGUCUCUUGGCUAUCCACCCUAAAUACCAAGAGACAGUCUACGAGGAAGUCCUGGACAUAAUCGGCAAAACUAAAGAGAUCGAGCCGGACCACGUCCGCAACUUGAACUACUUGGAGAUGUGCAUCAGCGAAUCGCAGAGAUUGUUGCCGAUCGCCCCAAUGGUCGGUCGUGAGACGACCGGCGAUAUAGAUCUGGGCGAUAAAAUUAUACCGGCGCAAACCGGCAUCUCGAUAUCGAUAAUCAACUUGCACCGCGAUCCGGACACUUAUCCGGAUCCGUUGGUUUACAAUCCGGAACGGUUUUUGCCCGAAGAGAUCGCCAAAAGGCACCAGUAUUCGUUCAUUCCUUUUUCGGGCGGGCCGAGGAAUUGUAUCGGUAAUAAAUAUGCGAUGGUUCUGAUGAAGGUGACAAUUGCGAAUAUAAUUAGGAAUUUUAAGGUGACUACCAAAUAUAAAUCAAUUAACGACAUUAAAUUCAAUUCCAGUAUGACCAUGACUCCCAUUGAACCUUUGGAUUUUACUUUUACCCCAAGAACAUAAAUAGACUGCAAUAAAAAUUAGAAAACUUCAUUCAAUCAUCCAUUUUGUUGUAUGGUUUCUAUAAUAGUUUUAGUUUUAUUUUAAGGAUCUGUACUAUUAAAAUGUAAAUGGUUUUUCA